AUGGAUCUCGGAAAACGAUAUAUUUUCUCUACUGGCUUUCUAUGCGUAUUGAACAUCACCCUCUUGGCAGGCCUACUAUCAAAUGGAGCGAGAGACGUAGAAAGUUCUAGAAGACUGAUAGCCCCAUCAGAAACGCAGAAAGCCACGAUAAGUGCGGUCGACCAGAAUCUCCUACAACAAGACCAUCUCAACACUUGGAGAGACUUGAGGACAAUUGAUGAAGUAGUAAGGCACAACAGAGUGGCUAGUGUUUAUUCGCAAAGGAUGCAGGAGUGGGGUCCGAAGUUAUUGAAAUUGAACAGUCCUUCCCAGACACUGAUAACUCAAAUGGAUGCUUCCGCAUGGGCAGAAACCAAGCCCCACAGAGCUCUGGCAAUGGUCAUGUAUUAUUUCAUCGAAACCAUGAAGUCACAUUCACCUCAAAAUGAUCACAAAGAAAUAGAAAGCCUUGCAGUAGGGAUAGAAGAUUCUUCCAAGUUCAAAUACUACUACAACUCAGUCGUUGCAAGACAGAUGGUCAACAAAUUCAUGUAUGAAUACAUGCUCAAAUUUUCUUGGUACUUGUUGAUCAAACAGUAUAGCAAGGGUUUCAAGGCAGAUCAUAAAGGGGCCCUACAAUCUUCAAUUGAACAAGCGAUACGUGUUUGGAAAGAAAAGAACCCUCAACCACUUCAGGUUGAAUAUACUCGUCAUUACCGACAAUAUAUGAGGUUGAUAGAAAUUCUUGAUCCAUUAGCCGCCGCAGGCAUUCAGAACAGCGAUGUGAUCAGAAAAGUCGAUAUCCGUAGUAUCAGUUUGCGGAACGCAAGGACAUUUCUUUCAAAGUAUUCUACUGAUCCUAACAAGGUUCAUAAGAACUUGGUUAGCAUCUCACCAUCUGAUACGUUUAGAGCAAUCAAAUUUCCGCUUUUCGGAUACCCUCUUGACAUCAACGGUAAGGAAUCAGCUGCGAUCGAAGCAACAGUUCUCGACAUGUGGAAAUCCCGUGGUCAAAAUGAUGUGAAUUUCGCCUCUGAACUGAUUGAAAUUUCAAGAAGUCUUCCGACAGCGCGUUUUCCAAAAGGCGGAGACGUUUUUCCCCAGAGGCAAAGCUCGACAAGCCAGAUUCUGAAGAACAAUCGAUAUUAUGGCAAAUGA